GGAAUUAUUUUAGGACAGCAUUUCGUAAACCAUAACAGAGAGGAAGAUGGAAAUGCACUUCCAACAACGAUUGAUCAGUUACGGCAGGAAUUGAAACAAGAAAAGACGGACAAAGAAGAUGCUCUGAAACGACUGAGUGCUAUAAUGUCAAGUCGUUUACGAGAUGGCAAUCCUAAUGUAGUAGAUCUCAGCGAUCAAAAUCGUCCAAUGAAAGUAGGAGAGCAGUUUUCAGAACUUUAUGAUAAUCAAUGGACAGAUGCUUACAGUGCUGUCGAAAAUCACUUUAAACAGAAUGAGCCCAAGAUUAUUGCCUUCAUGCUGGGUAUUUUAGAGCAAUGUUUUAACACCUGCCAAAACAAAGCAAGAAACCAGUUGGAGCGUCUGCAAAAGGGUGUGACAAAUCUUGAAGCUAUGAUCACAAAGAAACGUACCAAACUACCAAAUGACUUGAUGCAGCGUAUUAAAGAAGAAAGAAAACAUAGUGCUGCCGAUGCAGUACCAGAAUAUACAAACAUGGUACCUCAACUGAAGAAAUUCCUUUCAUCUCAUGUUCGCGACAAGACAGAUCUUCUAGAACAAUCGGCACUAAAAGACUAUACACAGGAGUGUUUGAGGUUGUCUUGGCUUAUGGUAAUACAAGACCCUCCAAUGACAAUGGUACUAAAAUCUGAAGUAAAAGCAAUUGACAACUUUAAGGUUUACAAACAUAGAGGCAACCGUGUUGAUUUUAUUGUAUGGCCCGCUUUGCUUCUUCAGGAAGGCGGCCAAUUGAUAUCAAAAGGAGUUGCCGAGUUCCGUAAAUAGGAUAUGAACUGUUCCUGUAAAUGAUGAAGAAUAUAACACACCAUAUUAGACUUUUAAAUUUUGCAGAAUAUAAAUAGUAUUUACGUUUGUACAAGUAACUGAUGCAGUACAUUAUGCUUAGAGAGAUUAUGACGGUAUGUACCCUGAAAACAAUGUAUAUAUUGUUUAAAAACAAAACGUGUCCCAUCAUUUAGCCACAUAGUGAAUUGUUAUAGAAGUGAUCUUAGACAAAAAAAAUAAGGU